CACCACUCUGACCAUAUCUGCUGAGCUCAAGUCAUCUUUCUCUUCUGCUGAGCAUUUCUUCAGGACCCAGCAAGAAGUACUUGCAGAAUACUCAGCAGACUCCCUGAACUUCCAGAGAGGUUGCUGCGGCAAGAGAUCAGCAGGAUCCAGCUGUGGGAAACCCAGGACAUCGCUGCCUUUCUACAUGGUCUUGGCUUAGAAUCCUUUGAGUCCUAGGAAAAUUUUGAGUUAAUAAGUACCCUAGUGUUAGGUUUGUCCAUAGAAGGUGGUAGCAAUGGCUGUGGCUCUAUUAGAUGACUGGUGUAAGGGGAUGGACCUGGACCCCAAGAAGGCUGUGCUCAUUGUGGGCAUCCCUGUGCAGUGCAGUGAGACUGAGAUAAAGGAUGCUCUGAAACAAGGCUUACCUCCUUUGUGUGCUCACAGGGUGAUAGGCAGAAUGUUCAGGAGGGAAGACAAUGCUAAGGCAAUCUUAGUUGAACUGACUGAAGUUGUCAAUUAUACUAUGAUGCCCACUCAUAUACUGGCAGCAGGGGGAACCUGGGAAGUGGUAGUGAAACCCCGUAGCUCAGAUGAUGAAUUCAUCAAUAAGCUGAUCUACUUUCUGAGGGAUGAAGGACGGAGAAUGGUAGAUGUGGCCAAAGCCCUGGGGUUUAGCACUGCCCCUACAGUGAGCUGGGAGCUAAGAAAUUCAGUCCAAGACAAGCCAAGAGGCUUGAAGUCUUUGUGCAAUAGCAUGUGUUACCAAAAAUUGAAAGCGUUUUCUGGCAGUCCCUUUCCAGGCCCAGGAGAAGAGACCUUUGAAACCUGGUUACAGGAGGUCACUGAGAUGAUGCCGUUAUGGCAGGUGUCCGAGGAGGAGAAGAAGCGGCGCCUUCUAGAGAGCCUGCAUGGUUCUGCCCUGUCAAUCGUGCAGGCACUGUGGGCUAGCAAUGACUCCCUAACUUUGGAACAGUGCUUGAAAGCCCUAAAGCAGAUCUUUGGGAAUAAAGAGGAUAAUAAGAUCUUACAGUUCAGGUUCCUUCAGUCUUCUCAAAAACCUGCAGAGAAGCUAUCUGAUUACUUGCUGCACUUGGAGCCCCUACUCCAGAAAGCAGUGCAGCAGAGCCCCUUGUCAGCACACACUGCAGACUCCAUUCGCCUCAAGCAUAUCUUAUCUAGUGUCUCCCUGAGCACUGGCCUUCGGGGCAAGCUUUCCCUCUUAGAUCAACAAGGAUGCCCACCCACUUUUCUGGAGUUAAUGAAACUCACUCAAGAUGAGGAAGAGUGGGAGACCACCAUGGUAGUGAUAAAGGAGCAGCAGAAUCAGGCAGGAAAGGAAAACAGGGCCUGUGGGGCAGCAGCAGAUCAGGUUACCACCCAGGCAGGGCUUUUUAGGGAGAUCAGCACCCAGACCAUAGGAGAGGAAGUCACAUCAGUGAAACGGAAGCGACUCCUAUGGAGACACAGUGCUGGGGAAGAGGGGCUUAUGAAGGAAUCAGGGUUCACGACUGAAAAUGAACCUGAUGAGCAGAAACCCCAUGUUAUAUCACAGGAGUCGGGAAACGAGAGAGGGGCUGGGGCUAUGAGCCACCCCAACCCCAGGAGAAUAUAGGCUCAAGAGCUCUAGGAAUUCCUUCCUGUAGCAGGCAACAGAGAUACCUUGACAAAAUGAUGGGGCAGCCUAGACAUAGCAGGGGACAUGAGUGGUGUGGAAGGGCAGGACAGCCAGGGCCAGGGUGAGGAACCCCACUUGCCACUAACUAGAAAUAAUUCCAACAAGCAAAAACAAGCUCCACCUAGGUCAGUGACUACUAUAUCCAAGGCUAAUGGAGAGUACCAUAGAAAGGAAUGGGGAGCUAGUAUAGCCAGAUUACAGGGUGAACCAGAGUCCAGUUGGGAUACAAGUGAUUCAGAGGAUGAAAACGGUGAGGGGAGCUCUCAGUUAAGGAUGUCCACUGGCACUGAAACAGCACAGGGCACGGAGGAGACUGUCACAAGGCUACGUUGGCCAGCGCGAUCCAAUGCCCGGGGGGUAGUGCAGCAAGGCAGGAAGAUAGUGCUCCGGAGAGGAGGCCGCAGGAUCCAGCCCGUCUUCAGGAUCAUCUACACUGCUCUAGGGGAGCCCCACGAAGGCAGCACCCUUGAGUCCUUUCGUGAGUGAAAGCCCAGGGUCUCUGGACCCAACGGCCCUGGGAAGCCAGUGCCAACCGGAGGCAGUUUCCUUCGUGGCACCCUGAGAGGGCUGUGAGGGGAAAAGACACCGGCGCCCAAGAAGAGCGCCAAACCCAACACUGCAGGGUUUGGGCCCUCAGCUGGCCUGACAGCCUGUGAGCGUGCAGGACAGGUUUUGUGUGAACAGGAGGUGGGAGAGCAGUGCAGGAUUUGGUAGGGGGUAGUUUGUUCUGCUGUCUUUUGUCCAGGGCUGCUGGAGAAUUCCAGAGAGCAAGCAACGAGAGCCUGGUACAACUCGGCAGGCAGGCACCUGCCGAGGCUGGCCCCAAACCCUGCCGGACUGAGAGGGAGGCCUGGCAGUGCAGCCGAGGUGCCAUCCUCCAUCUGCCAGCCAUACCAAACAGGUGGAAGGAAGUUACAGAAGAGGCCAUGUCAAGAGUUCUACAGAGAGGCCAUCUCAAGAGUUCUGCCUGGCUCUCCCAACACAGAUGCCCCCUCCCUGCUGCUAUCCUGAGGCAGGCUACUCCCUGCUCUGGGCUGCCCCCCACCCGAGUAUCUGUUAACCUCAUAGAGAGCCAGCUAUCCAACGCGUCCCUUCCCCCUUUGUGUGCUUAUCCCCACCCGUUGCUCCUGUACAAAGCUGUGAGUGAGGUGUGUGUUAACUUGAGCAGCUGGAGGCCCUGACUACCUGGCCAGUCACCCCUACACCCUGGCACGUGCCCCCAAGGUUACGCUACCUCUUCUCCCCCGGUGUUGUGAACUCCUCGCCUGCUUUCCUGGUGCACAUCUUGGCCAGCUGCCUGCUGCUUGUCCUCCUGCAGAUGUGUGUGUUACCUGAUCAGAUGCUUCCCAGAAUCCCCAGGCCCAGUUCCUGGAAGCCAGCCAGAAACAAGGAUGUUGACAAGGGACUGCUCAAUGACUUUGACAUGGGACUGUCCUGUGAUGUUCCACUCCUGCUGUUAGUUAUAACUAUUUUUUAGGGUCGGUGGGGUGUUGCAUGUUAUACUCUCCAAUUCCAUGAUUGGUCUGUGCAUGAUGUAGGGCAGCACCACCCUUCAGUGGUGAUGCUUUGAGAGCAUUCCCAAAAGCAAGGGCCAUUACCAGAGCUCAUCAUUGUGACAAGAGACAGAUCUGGGGCACCCAAGACAAUAUAUUGUAGUAGAAGAUCCUUGUGUGGGCAGGACCCGUGGCUUCUAGUGCCCCUUGUAAGUUUCUGUGUUACCUCUUUUUGAAUGGUUUUAGUACAAGUUUUUUGAAUAAAUUUCAU